GUCGGUUUCUGCGAUCGAGCCGCACUGUGACGAACAGCCACCGGAAGCGCGUCAGAUUCGCGCAACAGCGCCGCGUUCGAGUCGUCCAGAGAGACAGACAGCGAGAAAGAGUGAGAGAGACAGCGAGCGGAGACCGCACACACAGUCGUCGCCUAUCCGCGGAUCGAGCGGGCUCGCAGUUGGCCAGUCGAGGCGUGAGGAAGCCAGCAGCGGAAAACAAAAGAAGGUGCCAAGCCCGAUCGAGAACCGAUCUCGUCGCAGAAGUCGUUCAAGGACCUCUCGUGCCUCUCUCGUCUUGUCGUGCCUUCGCCUCUCUCGCGUGUGCAACCGUGAUUCACACGCGAUCCGUGAUCGACCACCUCGUGUCACCGGGACAUCUCAUCGUUUGUAACGUCCGCGUAUAAUAUCGUUCAAGCAAGGAUAACCAAAUCGUGCCCGCCCGUGUCGAGAUCAGCGGACGCCUUCAGGUUUUCCCCGCAGUCAAUCAAUUUACCCGCGCAACCUCCACGUUACCACCGGCGGUACCGGUCGUCGUUCUCUUUCCCGCUCACCGUCUUCGUCGUUUAUUUUUCUUUUAUUAUUAUUAUUAUUUUUUUUUUAUCCCAUCGCGCGACAUACACACACACACACUCUUGUCGUGAUUCCGUUCGUGUCGUGCUCGCGUUUGUCAAGUUUUCAUCAUCUCCACGUCGUAGACCACGAGUCUACGACGAGCUCAGUACUCGGACAAGUCGCCGGGUACGCGAGUCCGCGCGCACGCGCACCCACGUAGUCGUCGUCAUCAAGCCUUGAUACACGUGACCGAGCUACAAACUCGGUGGAAGCCGGCAUCAUAGCGUCGAGAAGCGAGCAACAGCAGCCAGCCACGAUGUCGAAGCUCUACGUGGGCAAUCUGCCGUCAGAUUGCAACGAGAGCGCUCUCAGGCAACUCUUCCAGGAGCACAGCCUGGCGUGCACCACGAUCCUGGUUAAGCGCGGCGGUUACGCCUUCGUCGACUGCGCCGAUCAGUCCACGGCCGAUCGGGCGAUCGACAAACUCAACGGAUACACCUAUCUCGGAUCCUCGCUCGUUGUGGAACCGUCCGUGGCAAGCACGGCCAAGAAACGGGGUAGCGGCACCGCCCUACCAGAAUCUCCGGUCGACCGGGUCGGCAACGGAUGGAGCGGUAGCUCCAAAGCCGUGGUGAGCAAUCUGCCGGCUCAUGUUCGAUUAGAAGACCUCGAGGCGCUGUUUUGUAAUUACGGAACUGUCCAGAACAUCGAGAAACUGACGUCGCGAGAUCCAAAUACCCAGACCCAGACCCUUAUCGUCAGCUAUGAGACGCAAGAGCAAGCACAGCAGGCUGUGAACCAUUUGAAUGGCUACGAGUACGAAGGCAGUCCGCUGAAAGUGGAGAUGUCUUCGGCGGAGAGCCGACGAAGAGGCCGCAGCCAGCGGAGCGGCGGUGUCGCAUUUUCCGGAUUGCCUGGUUCCGGUCGGCAGACCGAUUUCCCGCUUCGCAUCCUCGUCCAAUCGGAUAUGGUCGGCGCGAUAAUCGGUCGGCAGGGCUCCACCAUUCGGCAGAUCACGCAGAUGACGCGCGCCCGCGUCGACGUGCACCGCAAGGAUAACGUCGGCUCGCUGGAGAAAGCCAUCACCAUCUACGGCAAUCCGGAAAACUGCACCAACGCGUGCAAGAAGAUCCUGGAGGUUAUGCAGCAGGAGGCUAAUAACACGAACAAGGGGUACGACGACGACUCGAGUCGCGUUGUUGAUCCUCCUGAAGCGCAACCUGAGAUCACCUUGAAAAUCCUCGCGCACAACAAUCUCAUCGGCCGAAUCAUUGGAAAGGGCGGUAAUACUAUCAAGAGAAUUAUGCAAGAUACAGAUACAAAAAUUACCGUAAGCAGCAUCAACGACAUCAAUAGCUUCAAUCUCGAGCGUAUUAUCACGGUCAAAGGCACGAUCGAGAACAUGAGUAAAGCCGAGUCCAUGAUUUCCAGCAAGCUGCGUCAGAGUUACGAAAACGACCUGCAAGCUAUGGCUCCGCAAAGCAUGAUGUUUCCGGGUCUGCAUCCGAUGGCGAUGAUGUCCACCGCCGGCAUGGGAUACAGCUCGCGCGGACCCGGUCUAUACGGUUCGGGACCCGCCCCGUAUCCCUACCAGGGCAGUUUACCCACCCAGCAAGGCGCAUCCGCCAGCGACACCCAGGAGACUACCUUCCUGUACAUUCCUAAUAAUAGCGUUGGCGCUAUUAUCGGUACCAAGGGAUCCCAUAUUCGUAAUAUCAUAAGGUUCUCCGGCGCGAGCGUGAAGAUCGCUCCUCUUGAACAGGACAAGCCGGCCGAGCAGCAGACCGAGAGGAAAGUCACCAUUAUCGGGUCUCCGGAAUCUCAAUGGAAGGCUCAGUACUUGAUCUUCGAGAAGAUGCGGGAAGAAGGUUAUGUUUCUGGUACUGAAGACGUUAGACUGACCAUUGAGAUUCUUGUACCUAGUACUCAAGUCGGUCGAAUUAUUGGC